GAACAAACAUAGUAAUAAAGACAAUCAGUAGCAAGAAGAGAACAGAAGCCUUCGGGGGCAAAAUAGGAUCGUCGACAGUAGCAGGCAGCCAUGGAAGAAAAUGGGAGGAACGGCGAGAAGAACCACCAAAGCACCCACUAUGAUUUCAUAAAUCCAGUUUCAUGAUCUGUACAAACUUCUCAUAACCCAGCAAAUGUACUAUUUGCGUAAGAUUUUUUUUAGUUCUCCUUGCUUUUUUCUACUGAUAUAACUGUGCUUGUGCAGAAAAUGUCGACACUCGGGCUAGAAGGCCCGUUCAAAUUUCGGCGAAAACGACAUCUCAGAAAGGCAAUAUCCCAUUCUGACCAGACCUUCCUUUCGUGUAGCCAGUAACCAAAAAUUCAAUAUCAGGAUUUUACAUUACAGCCUGCAUGUGGUCUCAAAAAAACCUUGUAGGUUAGAGCUGGCAAAAGGUCAUGGAAUCUAUGCGUGAACCACAUGCACUGAAAAACAACCAAAUGCUCUGCUUGCCGUGGCUUUUGGUUUGUCCCCUCCCCUUAUCCCCCCAGCAGAAUCAUCGGUCCUGCCAAAUAGCACUGAAGCAAAAGAUUUCAUACUGUUGCUUGUUUUUGGAGUGGUGCCAAUGGACAAGAGUAUUGAUAGAGAGCACUAAUCAUGAAUGUGAGCUCACAAAAAGAGUGAGAAAGGCACAGCAUUAUUAGUAUAAUGGGAGACUACUAAUCCUGAUUAUGUGAGCAAAAAGAAUGAGAUAGGCACACAAUAGUAUUAUAUGAGUACUAAUCCUGAUUUGGGGCUAAUAACAAAAGAGUGGGAAAGGCACAGCACAAAGCAACUCCAGCUCACAGCACAGCAUCUGCCCCAGAAAGAACAAAGCUCAACUGGUGCCACCAUGAACUUAACCAGUGGAGUAUAUCUACUCUGCAGCCUCCAGGAAUUAUAAGAGGAGCCUCCCGCACACGCUGCACAUCGGAGUUUCUCUGUUGGUCACCAGUCCCAUCCCAAGAUGAGGAAAGGCGCUCUCGCUCUCUACCUCCUUCUCCUCCUCACCUUUGCUUCCCAUGGCGUAUGGUGUGCAGCAGCUGCGAGGAGCGCCAUGACUGAGGAGGAGGUUGCAGCACAUGAUGAUCUGAGGCCUCAUCACCGUGGAACACAAGGCAAGAGUCUCCUGGAGAUGCAGAGUCCCAGGAAGGUUGGGCGGGCGACAGGUGGUGCCGGAGCAAGCGGCGGCGGCGGCAGGAACACUGGUGCCGGAGCGACAGACACGAGGCCACACAACAGCAAGAACGUUGCCACGGCGCUGCCAGCUCCAGCGACUUCCGUCCUGGUGCUGGUUUUCACCACCACCACCAUUCUUCUCUCGACGCUCAGCUUCUGAAGUUCUAGCACCAAUAUUUGUCCAGUGUUUCAGUUUCAGAAAUUGUUUGCCUGAUGAUGUUUGCUGGCUACUACUCCCUCCGUCUCAAAAUAAAUGUCUCAACUUUGUACUAAAUUUAGUAUAAAGUUGUAUUAAACUUGUGACACUUAUUCUGGGACGUUGGGAGUAUUAUUUAUCC